UAUGUUAAGGGCGGUGUUUAAGUUGAAGUGUCCGACGCGCCGUGAAGGCGCCUGCGUAUUCUUUCGGCCAGGGGUGGUGUCAAAUCAGGGAAGUGGGCGUGGCUUCCUGGGACGCCUGCGCGAUGCUCCUGCAGCUGGGGGUGGGGCGAGCCCAGAACUGAGGUUAGGGGGCGUGGCCCUGGGAGCGCCUGCGCGGAGACGGUUGGAGGGAGGCCCGAUUCCCCUUUGUUCGUGUUCGCCAUUUUGCGAGGCAGCGGCAGUGGUGGCGGCAGCGGCGGCUGGAGCCUCUGAUUGGGUUUCGGGGUCCGGUACUGGAGCCAAUCAGCGCGGGCAGCGAACCGGGGGAGCGAGGCACGGAGUACAGCUGGAAGUCCUUUGGCAUCUCCAGAGCAAAGCUCACUGUGGACGGGAUUCUAACAUGGAGCAGUAUACAGCAAACAGCAAUAGUUCCACAGAGCAGAUUGUUGUGCAGGCUGGACAGAUUCAGCAACAGCAGCAGGGUGGUGUCACUGCCGUCCAGUUGCAGACUGAGGCCCAGGUGGCAUCCGCCUCAGGCCAGCAAGUCCAGACCCUCCAGGUAGUCCAGGGGCAGCCAUUAAUGGUGCAAGUCAGUGGAGGACAGUUAAUCACAUCGACUGGCCAACCCAUCAUGGUCCAGGCUGUUCCUGGUGGGCAAGGUCAAACCAUCAUGCAAGUACCUGUAUCUGGGACACAGGGUUUGCAGCAGAUACAGUUGGUCCCACCAGGGCAGAUCCAGAUCCAGGGGGGACAGGCUGUGCAGGUGCAGGGCCAGCAGGGCCAGACCCAGCAGAUCAUCAUCCAGCAGCCCCAGACAGCAGUGACUGCCGGCCAGACUCAGACACAGCAGCAGAUUGCUGUCCAGGGGCAGCAAGUGGCACAGACUGCUGAAGGGCAGACCAUCGUCUAUCAGCCAGUUAACGCAGAUGGCACCAUUCUCCAACAAGUUACAGUCCCUGUUUCAGGCAUGAUCACCAUCCCAGCAGCCAGCUUGGCAGGAGCCCAGAUUGUUCAGACAGGAGCCAAUACCAACACAACCAGCAGCGGGCAAGGGACUGUCACUGUGACACUGCCCGUGGCAGGCAAUGUGGUCAAUUCAGGAGGGAUGGUCAUGAUGGUGCCUGGGGCUGGCUCUGUGCCUGCUAUCCAAAGAAUCCCUCUACCUGGGGCAGAGAUGCUCGAAGAAGAACCUCUCUAUGUGAAUGCCAAACAGUACCACCGUAUUCUUAAGAGGAGGCAAGCCCGGGCUAAGCUAGAGGCAGAAGGGAAAAUCCCAAAGGAAAGAAGGAAAUACCUGCAUGAGUCUCGGCACCGUCAUGCCAUGGCACGGAAGCGUGGUGAAGGUGGACGGUUUUUCUCUCCAAAGGAAAAAGAUAGUCCUCACAUGCAGGAUCCCAACCAAGCAGAUGAAGAAGGAAUGACACAGAUCAUCCGAGUGUCCUAACCCUAGGUCAUGUGAUGGAGCUGAUCAAGGUCAUGUCCUCACUACCUUUCCAGGAAAUUGAUCAACUCUUCCGACAGGACACUCAAGAUCAUAUUCUGUCCUUUUCUACAGGACAGACACCACUUAGUUUUUAAUAAGUGGAUCAGUAUUAUAAUUGCCACGAUGUCUGGCAAUUUGAAGUUGCAAGCCUUUGUCUCACCCUUUCAGUCAGGACCUAUUUUAGACUGUUGAUGACAUUGACAUUUCAUGGAUUAGGAUGAUGGGCAAGGAACUGAUGCCAGCAGCACCAAACACAGCACUUAUGAUGAAGCCAGCCACCCAUCUUAGCAGGGGAGAGCAACCUUCUCAACCUGAACUGCAACCAGGGAAGCCACAGCCCACUCCUUCCCACAGGAAUUUGGUUAGACAGUCUCUAUCCCUCUGGUGGGGAUUUCAGUCUAACUGAAUGGACACUUUGUAUUCAGAGGUGGCUUCCGGGCAAGGAAGUGCCAUCUUUUGAUACGGAAACAAUAAAUUCUCUGAGAUACAUUCAUCUAAUCUGUGGUAAUAAUAGAAUCUCCAUCUCCCCAGAUGGUAGGUUGGUAUUUUUGGACUCUGGCCAAGAAAAAGCUAACUGGGGGUUGAAUGAUAAAAGUCUCAGGCACUUAAAUACAAUGCUGAAUCUCUUAUUUUAGCUUUGACAAGUUGUAGUCUGCUUGCCCCUCUAUUGAGAGGUCCUCUGGACCAUACUUCUUAACUAUGGCUACUUUAAGAAAUUUAGAGGAUAUUGGACCUUGAAGCUGCCUUUUCUAAGUAAGAAACUGUUUAACAAUUUCUGUGCUGAAGUGCUUGAGGACAUUUGUAGUAACUUCCAAACAGAACAAAACUAGAGACUUUGAAUCAUAGGCUUUAUGAUAGCGUUUGGGAUAUAGAGGGUUCAUAUGUGUUUCAGCCUAGGAGAAAAAGAGACUAGUAUACAUACUCAUGUGUUGUCAUAUAGCAUGAUUCUCCAGUGGAUACCUGGGUGAAUCAUUAAGAUGAAGACAAUGAUUUAUAUUCACACUAAAACCUUUUAGUAAGCAUGGAAAGGGAGAAAUCUGGGAUUUAGUCCUUGACGAUUUCUGGAAAGCACUAUUCAGUACAGCUGGCUUGGACAUAUUCCAGGUUGCCUGCUAGAGCUUGAGGUGAAUUUUGGCUUCACUCCUGCAGUGUUUUGUGCUGGCCCCAGAGAGCAAAUAUUCUCAUUCUUCCCAUGGCAGCUGAUUCUUUGGUGUCCCAUUGUUUUCCCCUUUCUCCAUAGGCCUUGUGCAGAGAAGUUCUCACAUUGCCUCUGCACUCUGGGGAUGAACUGCAGAAAUUCCUGCAAGGUCAGGAACUGAGCCACAGUUCCCAGAAUGGGUUGUGCCUCAGAGAUCUGUUUCUUUAAAAGUUGAAUCCUGGGAGAACUAAGAUAUUCCAGAAGAGUUACUGCUCUGGAACAAAGAAAGAAGACCCAAUUCUUCUGAAGAACAUUAGGGUUGAUUUAAUACCAAGAAUAAAGAUUGGCUUUUUCUUCUUUGACUUCACUACUCUAAUUGUAUUUAGAAGGAAAAGCUAUUAAACACUCUAAAGAAAAUGUCACAAAGGCAGUUAUUGUAAUGGUAGAAAUAGAGGUACAGAGCUAUGCAAAGGAAGCAGGAAGUAAAAUAUCUUCCUAGUUCCUGGAAUCUAGUAAUCUGUCCUAGCUUCUAGAGGUCAGGAGGGGCUGGUCCUUUGGUAGGCUCACUAGAAAUUUUUGGCUCUUUACAUGAGUUUCAGAUAUUAACUUUAUUCAGUAUAACCCCCGUUUUUUAAUUUUUUUGUUGAAUUAUAGGUUACUAAAAACAAUGAGGAAUUUAUAUCCCUUGGUUAGUUUAGGAGUCUUUAUUUUAAAAUGCAGAGUUCAGAAAGAAAUUCCUCAGAUAUAAUCUCGAGUGCUUAAGCCAAGAAAAAUUCUAAAAUGCUAUUUAUUUGUUUCUGUAAGUUUGUACAUAAUACUAUCAACCUCACAUUGUUCUUGAGUUUUGAUUUUUUUUAAUCAGUUUGAAUUUUGUUUUAUUUGAAAUGAAAUGCUUCAGUUGUUAUUUUGUCAUUGCAUUUCAGAUAACUCGUGACCCUUUUAUUGUCAUUUUAGCAUACCCAGUAGCCCACAAGUUGGAGGGUUGAGGUUUGGGUUUUUUCUUUAUUUGUUACUAGAAGUUCUUUUACUCAUUUGUCUCUUUGUGACCAUAGUGAUGACUUGAGUGCAGAGUGAAUGGAUGAAUGAAUAAUUGGUUUAAUACAUGGUAUUUCACCUCUUGAGUGCUCUUUUUUUGGCAACAUAAACUUGUAUAUAUUUUUAAUUGCACUGGUACACUGAAUGUGUCAGUGUCUGUACCACUGGACCAACAGAGCAUUUUCUGGCUAUUGGGUGCCUGAUAAUAAUGUCUUGAUUUUCCUUUGGGACUCAACUAUAGAAGGUUUUUCCCCCAGCAGUUGGGGAGACUACAGGUGAUCUCGAUCAUUGAUGUCAUUGCAAUUGUUAUUUUUUAAAAUAAAUUUAUAAAAAUACUAAAAAGUGACUUUAAUUUUGAGGAGUCUGUAUCCCCUGGGU